UUGAACACUGAAUUUCAUAAAAGUUAUAUUCAAUCUCUUUUUAAUGAGUAUAUAAAAACAGAACACAAAAAUUUUUUUAUUGAAUCUUCACAGUCAAAAAAAUCUACUGGGCACCGCUCCAUUCUCGUUCAUUUUAAUUGCCUAUGCGAAUUCAACAGCGUUUUUUCUCAGCUCAUUCUCUUUCAUCCAGAAGAGACAAUCAGCCUUUUAAAUAAGUCACUUUCUCAGUUGGCUGUGGAGCUUGGCUCAAAUUUACGUGACUCCUUGCACGUUAGAUUUACGGCGCUCCCGAUCGUACCCGAGGUUCAUAGAGAUAAACUUCCAAGUUCUUUGGACGCCGGUAGAUUUAUAUCUCUUCGUGCGAUUGUCAUGCGCAUUGGACCGAUACAAGUUCUUGAAUCUGAAAGAUCUUAUAUUUGCCAUGAUUGUGGUCACCAAAUGAAUAUUUGCUCGGAUUAUAGCACUAAUCAUGCGUUCAAACCUCCAUCCUUUUGUUUUAAUUUAGAAAAUUUUUGUUCUUCUACAAAAGUACGUCAAGACUCAAAAAAGCCAUUAAGAGUUCGGAAUUAUCAGGAAAUAAGAGUCCAAGAACAAUUUCGCUGCCUCACAGUUGGUGUAAUGCCCAGAUCCAUGUUAGUGAGUCUUGAAGAUGAUCUAGUAAGCAUGGUUAAGCCCGGUGAUGAUGUAAUUAUUAAUGGCAUCGUAUGCCGUCGAUGGACACCCCCCAAGAAAGAUGCGAUUCCUCAGAUAGAAAUAUUUAUCCGCGCAAACAAUGUAGAGAAUCUUUCCGAUAUUAGAGCUGGUGAAGUUGCAAGCAGCUUGAGCAGAGAGGUGUGCCUGUAUUUCGAAACUUUUUGGUCGGAUUCAGCAAGUGAAUUUCUUAGGGCCCUCUCUCGUCGCAACAUCCUGGUUUCGUCUAUCUGCCCUGAGAUAUACGGUCUAUAUCUGGUUAAGCUUUCCUUGGCGUUAGUCUUAGCUGGCGCACCAAGUUGGAGACAUGCUUCAGUCUCCUCAAAUAGUCCACGUGUCCGAGGUACCCCGCAUUUGCUAGUGAUAGGUGACCCAGGCACGGCUAAAUCGGUUAUUCUUAGGAGUGCAGUUCGCCUUUGUCCAGGAAGGGCAGUACUGACUUCCGCUCCUUGUGCGACCUCUGCUGGAUUAACUGCAGUAGCCGCGAGGGACGCUGCUGGUUGGUUCUUGGAACCUGGCGCACUGGUUCUUGCUGACGGUGGGAUAUGCGCUGUCGACGAGUUUACGCGCCUACCCGAAUCUCAUCGGGCUGCAGUUCACGAAGCGAUGGAGCAGCAGACGAUUAGUCUGGCGAAAGCUGGGCUUGUUGCUCGCUUAAAUUGUCGAUGUUCAUUAGUUGCCGCGGCAAAUCCUCCCCCUGAUCUAGGUAGAGAACAACCUAUCACUGGCCGUUUAUCUUCUUCACUUAUCAGUCGGUUUGAUUUGAUCUGGCAUCUCGUCGACCCCUUAGAUUGCCCAACUUGGGACAAACGAUUGGCGAAUUUCCAUCCACUUCACAUUUGGUCGUCCGACCGUCUUCGUCAAUAUUUUACUUGGGUGCGUUCUGAGUUUCAGCCGCGUCUCACUCCUCCAGCGGGUCGUUUGCUGCAGCUAUAUUAUGGUUGGAGAAGGCGAGAGACAAUCUCAAAUUCUGCCCUGCACUUUGGCGAUACCUGUAGUGGUAGUAGUGGAGGUCGAACUACACUUAGACUGUUGGAAAGUCUUUUUCGAUUGACUAAGGCGCAUGCUCGUCUGAUGGCUAAACAUGAGGCUACUGAAGAGGCUGUUCUCAUUGCAGAAAAAAUGAAACUGUGA